CCCACCCCCCUCCGCCCACCUCCAAAACCUCUAUAAAUUCCCCUUCCCAUCCUCCACCAAAAACCUCUAUAAACUCCCCUUCCCAUCUCCCACCCAAACCUCUGAGCCAAAGACGAUGGAAGAGUUCCAAGAGGCUGAUGUUUUGUGGUCCCACGACAAUCUCGACGGCGGCGACGACGACGACAUGGUCUCAAAGAAACAACCAUCCACCCAACCACGAGCUCCAUGGAAGGAGUCGGCUCCGGUGGACAUCCCGAAAGCCGGUCGUUCAUGGGCCCGGAGAUGCACCUGCCACCACUACGACAUCAAUAGCGAGGAUGGAGAUGGGGAUCAUGAUGAUUUGGGCAACAACAACCACAGAGACCAUGAGAAGAUUCCACCCCACAUCAUCGUGGCCCGGAGAACGGAUGACAAGAUGGCGUUCUCGGUGUGCACCGGGCUCAAGGGACGGCAUCUUCGCCAUGUCCGGAACUCCAUUCUCCGGAUGACCGGGUUCCUCGAGAGAUAACAAUUGCAAUAUUAGAAAGAGCUCUGAUUUAUAUAUUUUUCCUUCCUUAUACUAUGUAUAUACGUUCAAGUCAAGAUUGUGUUGGUACGUGAGCAAAUGCAACAAGAGUUUUGAAGUGGAAUUAAUUAGAGAUGUGAUCCUGCCGUUGUAGGCUCCUAAAUGUCUGUUUGUGUGUGAUGGAUGAACCGUUGUAAGGUAAUUCCUUCUGGAAUUAAUACAACCUAGAGUCCCAAGCUGCUCCCUUUAUUUUUCGGUU